CCAACCACCUACAAUCUUCUAUACUGUACUACAAUUCCUUCGAUUCACGACAAUCUCAAGGCUUAGACAAACGCUUGUAGAAUACCUGACUUCAACGACGGUCUAUCUUAGCCAGCACCGGCAUCGAUUAGAAAAAGGCUUUCAUUAGUGUAUGGCAUUCGGUAUGUCGGAUCUGCUCUUCGAGCGACAGCAGCACCACCUUUUCACAUCGCCUUACACCACGCAUCAGCAUCAUGAUCAUCAGUCACAGGCGUCGCCUUGGAACUUCGCCACCUCGCCGUCGUCGCAUUUCGGCGAUCCUUUCGGGUUCGACGGCGCUUUCGACUCCCCAGCGGGUUACCAUCUGGCGCAGAAACGACGCGAUCAUCAUGAGGAGCUCCGCCAGCAGCAGCUUGCGCGGCAGCAGGAGAUAGCGCGGCAGCAGCAGCUUAAAGUAGCGCAGGAGCUCAGCGCGCGGAAACAGGCAGCCAAAGCGCGCAGGGCGCAGCAUGUAGAGACUCAAACGAAGGCUCGUCCGACCCAGCAGCAGCAAGACGAGCUGGCUAUCCGUCAGAUACCCGUCCAACGCCCCGCAAGCAGUAAGAGCCCCGAAACGCAGGCAGCUUCGCCAAGGGCAGCCGUCGCCGGCAUUCCUGUUACUAAAAUCGCUUCCAAAUCGUUACUAACGGCUGACGACGCUGCUCGGAAGCUGCAAGCGGCAUGGAGGGGCUACUCCGUACGUCAAGGCAAGCCGCUCGAACUGGCUCGAUCCAUAGCUGACGUUCGGAAACUGGCUCGGGAGAUGGGCGCGCAGCUUCGGGAUAGUGAACUCAUCGCGAAGAUGGUUUCCGAGCCUCUGGAGAAGCUUCGGGUGAACGAGACGAUCAUGAGCUGGCUGCUUCGGCUGGAUGAAGUGCAGUCGCGGAACCAGGACAUUCGGAACUUGCGGCGGGACAUGGCUCGGAAGCUGACGAAGCUGCUAGACAGGGUCGACACUCUCUCAACCAGCCGACCACCCAGUGUUGGAAACAUCAGGACAGCGGCUGUCGCAGAAACUGGAACCCAAACUGAAGCUGGAAGUGAUACUGAGUAUGAGGAUGCCCCCAUGGAGGAGGAGGCUGAGAACCCCCUUGAAACUGCUGCUGGCUCUGGUGUUUCGGCAAUGGACGAUUCAAGAAUGGAUGUGGACGGGGGUUGCUCGAGCGAGGAUGGUUGCCACAGCAGCCAGUGCAGUGAGGACGGUGAUAUUAGCAGCGGGAACGCUGGUGUUGCUACUAGCACCCAAGAGGGCGGGAGAGUGGCUAAGAGAAUGAAGCAGAGGCAAUGGAGGGACGCCUUGUGGCAAUGGAAGGAGAGAAUGGCUGGGAGGAGAGGUGGUUUGAGGAGUGUCUAGGAGGAUGCUUGAACAUGAGACGGAAUGUACCUUAGUUUAGUAUGCUUGUACGCAGAGAUUAUGUUAUGGAGGAUGAAUUGCACAAACCGUACGUAGUGUAACUAUGGCCGAUGUACAAACGUGAAUAAUGUCAUUCAUAUUUU